AUGACUGUUUCGACCCCGUCAUUUUAUCUCCCCCUGGUCGAUAUCACGCCCUUCCUUGAAGACCCGUCCAGCCCGGCGGGCCAACAAGUCAUCACCGAUGUUCGCAGAGCCUGCCAGUCGACGGGGUUCUUCCAGAUGAAAGGCCACGGCGUGCCCCUGACACUCCAGAAAGCCAUCCUCGCCGCCUCGGGCAAGUUCUUUGGCCUGCCUCUGGAGACCAAGCUGGCGCUCGACGCCCGCAAAAACGUCGGGUUCCGCGGGUACGACGUGAUGGAAACCCAAUCCUACGAGCUCGAGUUCGGAGGGCGACCGGGCGACGAGGGCUCCGCGGUUCGCGACAUCAAGGAGGGUUUCUUCAUCUCCACCGAUCUCCCUCUGGACCACCCGAGGGUGCGCGAGGGCCGGUUCCUACAGGGCCCCAACGUGUGGCCGCCCACGGAGCUGCUGGCUCCGCAGGACUUUCGAGCGGUGCUGGAGGAGUACUUCAGCGAGAUGCAGCGACUGUCGCGGGUGGUGCUGUCGCUCGUGGCGGCGACGCUCCCGUACGGCCCGCAGGUGUUCGAUGCGCUGGAUACGAACGACCCGAUGUGCCUGCUGCGUCUGCUGCAUUACCCGCCGAACGGGGAACAGGCGGCGCGGGACAAGGGCCAGCUCGGCAGCGGCGCGCAUACGGAUUUUGGGGUGCUGACGCUGCUACUGCAGGACGGGCAUUCGGGACUGGAGGUGCAGGACUAUACGACGCGCGAGUGGCAUGGCGUGCCGCCGCAGGAGGAUGUUUAUAUCGUCAACAUGGCGGACCUGAUGUCCGUCAUGACCAGUGGUGAGUAUAAGAGUAGUUGGCAUCGGGUCUUGAACCGGAACUCCCAGGACCGGUACAGUGUCGUCUUCUUCUACGAUGGCAAUUUGGAUUAUGAGCUAAAGCCGCUGGAUCCAGCAAAGAGGGCGGAGGAGGAGAGUGCACCUGCCAUCACCAUCGAGGAACAUGUGCGUCUGCGCUUGACAAGCAGUUACAGCCUUGCACAGAAGUAA